AUGGCUGAGUUCGCUUUGCUGCUCUUGAAUCGAUAUGGUGUUUCGAGACCUCGUUCCGUGAUAUCUGAUUCAACUUCCCUCAUGGCCUCGACUCCGGUCGCCGCCGGAGCUCUAAAGGUGUUCUCGGAGCGAUCCGAGAGACAGGUCGCUAUCUCAAACCAGGCGAAGAAGUCGAAACCGAGCAAGGCGAAGGUUCUGGAAGAGGAGGAGUUCGUUGAGAAAGUUGAGAAAAUCAUUGAACGAGAUUUCUUCCCCUAUUUGGAUGAAGUGAAAAAACGCAACAACUAUCUCGAUGCUCUCGACAGUGAGGACAGCGUGCGUAUCGCGGAGGCCGAGAAACAGCUUGAGGCCGCGAGCACUCGAUUGAUUGGGACACCAUCCAAAGGAGAUUGGGACGACGAAGAUUGGGUGCGGUCGACUCCGGGACCUUCAACGAGCAAUGCGAAACCCCAAACGCAUUCGGAGCUUGUCAAGAAGAGCAUCGAAGGAGUUUCAUUGUCGAAGUUUUUGGCGGGCAACACGUCUGAAGACAAUGAGUCUUUCAGCGAAAUUAUGGAGAAACAGGAAGCAGCACGGCGGAAGAAGCUGCAUUGGAUAUACAAACACGAGAACUCGGAGAACGAUUCGGCGGAUAGAGCAUUGAUGCCGCCGCCAUCGGCCCCGCUGGCUCUGGAGUCAAAACCUCUGGACACUUGGAAAUACAAGGUCCAUAACGCUGUGAUGUAUAACCCCGAGGGCGCCCCUCUCACGGAGGAAGAGGUUCGAAAUGUCAAAGAAUCCCAACCGAAAAUUCAACACGGGAAUACUCGUCUCAUUGCCAACCCGUGGCCCAAGACGACACCCCUCGGCUCGACUCCAUCGAAAUCUGGCGACAGCAAGGAGAAAGGCGCGGAUGAAUUUUGGAACGGAGCCGGCAAGGUAGGCGUGGACGGCAAAGCAAGUUGGGAGACCGCGUCGCCUAAAGUCCGCGGCUUCUCAUUCGUCGCCACGCCCUCACCGCGACCCGGAGUGGGGGAGUCCCCGCUCAUGACUUGGGGAGAAGUCGAUAGCACUCCGUAUCUGAUUGUUGAGGAAAGCUCCUCGAAAUUCAAAAUGAAGGCACCGUCGGAACGUGAGCAGCUCGCGUUAUCUCUCGCUGAGAAAUCCAAGGCCACGAAGAAGAAAAACAACGCAAUCAAAGCCGCUCAGGACAAUCUCGCCAACCUCAGUGUGCCGCAGAGUCCGAGCUUCAGCGGAUUGUCUCCCGCAGCUAAACGCUUGGGACUGGGCAAAUUGGGCAUCAUACGCGGGAGCGAUAAGAGGCUGAUGGCCAGUUACACACCUGGUCGAGAUAAGAGGAAGAUCGACUCGACGCGUACAGUGUCCCCGUACCCUAGCCCAGCUCCGGACACCCCCACUCCGAAAACUCCCGUCGUCGACAUUUUGACCAAAUCUAAAGUGAGAGCUAGCGACUUUUUCUGAGCUUCUGAAGAUGCGCACCGAAUGUAUAUAGGGUGUAAAAAUUUGAUUCUCCCUCUCGUCUCCUGGAGAAGCCUUCAUAUAGGAGCUCGUCUGCCUGUGGGUUCCAUUCAUUCAUGGCAAGGAUUCGAUGCUUGCGGCCGAUUGUGUACACUGACAAGAAAAUCCUAGCGAGGAUCCCGAAAUAAAAAAUUAAAUUCUCCGA